AUUGUAUUUUUUUUUUCUCUUAUUGUCAACAAGAAGAAGUAAAUGCUUUUACUCAAUUGUAUCCUUUAAUUUAUUAUCGGGCCAAACCACGGGGACACGCGCUUUUAACAAAAAAAAGUUGAAAAGUCAUGUUGCUCUCUCAAUUCGUCUCCUCCGCCAUGCGAACUCAAACUCAAAGCUCUCUCUUCUUCUUCUUCUUCUUCUUCCUUUAGCUAACUUUUUGCUUCGAAUCUGUGAUAGAUCGAGACUUGGAUUUCUCAGCUUUCCCGUGCUGUUUUAGCUUCUGCUCGGUUUUGUUUUUAGUCUGAAGAUGAGUAACAACUGGAAAUCCUUUCGAUUAAGGCUUCAAAACCGUACUCUCUUGUUUCUUCUGGUGAUUUUGAGCUUCGGUUCUUGCUAUUCGUUGAAAUCUCAAGGUGGUCCUUUUCUGGAUUUUGUGACGGAGGAUCUAUCGUCAGAUACAGAUUCCGAGGAUUUGAGAGCGGUUGGUUUUCACAGGAAAUUACUUGGCCGUUAUCGUAACCCAUACACCCAUUUGACUACGUUCAGAGAUCGGCCUGUGGCAAGAGCUACACCUCCGUCUUCUUCGGUUUCUCCAAGACCUAAUACCAAAAAAACCUUAACAUUGCCUUCCCCACAAAAAAGUCCUCCUGCGCGACAUGUUUCUGCUCCACCUCCUCUUAUGCACACUGUGAAUUUUCCUAGUCUAAGAAGAAGCUCCAAAACUUCUUCAAACAGCACAAUUCCUAUAUUGGCUGGCUGCGUAGGCGGUGCUGUGUUUAUCCUCCUUUUAGCUACUGGUGUCUUCUUUUUCAAAAGUAAGGCUGGAAAAUCUGUGAAUCCCUGGCGUACAGGUCUUAGUGGUCAACUUCAGAAAGUGUUCAUAACUGGUGUCCCCAAACUCAAAAGAUCUGAGAUUGAAGCUGCCUGUGAAGACUUCAGUAAUGUUAUUGGGUCUUGUCCCAUUGGUACAUUGUUCAAAGGGACGCUAUCAAGUGGGGUGGAGAUAGCUGUAGCUUCUGUUGCUACUGCCUCUGCCAAAGAAUGGACAAAUAACAUAGAACUGCAGUUCAGAAAGAAGAUUGAGAUGUUAUCCAAGAUAAACCACAAGAAUUUUGUCAACCUUCUUGGUUACUGUGAAGAAGAUGAACCUUUCACUAGGAUCUUGGUGUUUGAAUAUGCAUCAAAUGGAACAGUCUUUGAACAUUUACACUAUAAAGAAUCAGAACACUUGGACUGGGUAAUGCGGCUAAGAAUAGCAAUGGGCAUAGCUUAUUGCCUUGACCAUAUGCACGGACUCAAGCCACCUCUAGUCCACAGCAAUCUUCUUUCAUCAUCAGUUCAACUCACAGAGGACUACGCUGUCAAAAUUGCGGAUUUCAAUUUUGGAUAUCUAAAAGGCCCAUCCGAGGCAGAAAGCAGCACCAAUGCACUCAUAGAUACAAACAUCUCAGAAACAACACAGGAAGACAAUGUUCACAGCUUCGGGUUGCUGUUGUUUGAAUUGAUGACUGGAAAACUCCCAGAAUCGGUUAAAAAAGGUGACUCGAUAGAUACCGGAUUGGCUGACUUCUUGAGAGGAAAGACAUUAAGGGAGAUGGUGGAUCCAACAGUGGAAUGCUUUGAUGACAAGACUGAGAAUAUAGGUGAAGUGAUCAAAAGCUGCAUAAGGGCAGACCCGAAACAGAGACCGAUAAUGAAAGAAGUCACAGGGAGAUUACGAGAGAUCACUGGAUUAUCACCAGACGAUGCUAUCCCAAAACUGUCACCGCUCUGGUGGGCAGAGCUGGAAGUUCUGUCGACUGCGUGAAGAGACUACUACUCUACUUCACGAGAAAUCUGUAAGUAUUAAUAUGAAGAUUCGAGUGAGGUUUUUGAGUCCUUUGAAGCUCUUGGCUUCUCUUUCGGCUACUUUCAUCUAUCUAUAUAUAUAUAAAUGUAUGGAACUUAGUUUAUAUAACGGCCUUAAAAUUUGGGUUGAUCCAUUUGGUCUUUUAUGUCGUAAACAGAAAAAGUCCUAGAUCACGGUAAUACCCCUUUUUUGGUGUGCAUAAGGUGGUUACUGUGUUUGUAAUUAGUUACUCUGUUUGUUCCUUUUAAAUGUUUAAUCAUCAGGUUCUGAAGUAACA